AUGGCUUCGCGUCUGGCUAAGAGCGCCGUCGGCGCUACCCGCGUGCGACCGGCACUCGUUACCCGCAACAUCCCUGCUAUCACCGCCAACCUCACGGCGACUCGAUCGGCCUCCAGCGUUCCGUCCGAGGACCCGAAGAAGAAGGCUCAGUCCAUUCUUGACUCCCUGCCCGGCAACUCGCUGAUUUCCAAGACUGCGAUCCUUUCCGCCGGUGCCGGUCUCUCAAUUGCUGCGAUCAGCAACGAGCUCUAUGUGCUGAACGAGGAGACCGUUGCGGCUUUCUGUCUGCUCAGUGUCUUCACUGCUCUCGCCAAAUACGGUGGCCCCCUGUACAAGCAGUGGGCUGAUGGCCAGGUUCAGAAGUACAAGGACAUUCUGAACUCGGCUCGUGCCGAUCACACCAAUGCUGUCAAGCAGCGCAUUGAAAAUGUCCAGCAGCUGAGCGGUGUCGUUGAGAUCACCAAGCAGCUCUUCGAGGUUUCCAAGGAAACUGCCAAGCUCGAGGCCCAGGCCUAUGAGCUGGAGCAGCGAACCGCCCUCGCCGCCGAGGCUAAGCAGGUUCUUGACUCAUGGGUGCGCUACGAGGGGCAGGUCAAGCAGCGCGAGCAGCGGGAGCUUGCUGAGGCUGUCAUCAGCAAGAUCCAGGAGGAGCUGAAGAACCCCAAGGUUCUCAAGCAGAUCCUCGACCAGAGCGUUGCUGAUGUGGAAAGGAUUGUGUCCGCCAAGUCCCAGUAA